GCGCACUGCAGUAAGGAAGUGAGGACGGCAGCACGUGUAUGCUCCUGUAUCAUGGCACUCAGAGCUUGUGGUUUGAUUAUCUUCAGGAGAUGUAAUCCUAGAACCUCAGUAGCUUCUGUCAGUGACAUUGAAUUUCUGCUUUUGCAAACAUCCUACGGAAUACAUCACUGGACCCCUCCAAAAGGUCACGUUGACCCUGGCGAAGAUGAUUUGACCACAGCUCUGCGUGAGACGGAAGAAGAGGCCGGUCUGCAUGCCAACCAGUUCCGUAUAGUAGACGGUUUCAGGAAGGAGCUAAAUUAUAAAGUAAACAAUAAACCAAAGACUGUGAUAUACUGGUUGGCGGAGCUGAAAGAUCAUAACACUCGUGUAAAACUCUCAGAUGAACACCAAGACUAUCGCUGGUUACAGCUGCAGGAAGCCUGUAAAUACGCUGGGUAUCAGGAUCUGCAAGACACCCUGCAAGAGGCUUACACGUUUCUUGUCAAUGGAACCACUGAAAACCAAUCUUAACCCCUUAAUGACCGCAGCACUUUUCCAUUUUCUGUCCGUUUGGGACCAAGGCUAUUUUUACAUUUUUGCGGUCUUUGUGUUUAGCUGUAAUUUUCCUCUUACUCAUUUACUGUACCCACACAUAUUAUAUACCGUUUUUCUCGCCAUUAAAUGGACUUUCAAAAGAUACCAUUAUUUUCAUCAUAUCUUAUAAUUUACUAUAAAAAAAUUAUAAAAUAUGAGGAAAAAUUUAAAAAAAAAACACUUUUUUUAACUUUGACCCCCAAAAUCUGUUACAUAUCUACAACCACCAAAAAACACCUAUGCUAAAUAGUUUCUAAA